UGUCUGUCCCCCAUUUCCAAUUAUAGAUGGAUCAUUACAGACAGAGAAGUACUGAGAAUCCAGACAUCUGCUCUUCACAUGAAUGCACUCACCUCCUAGAGAACAGCCUGCCAUCAUGCUCUGGAAACUGGUUGAAAAUGUCAAGUAUGAAGAUAUCUAUGAGAUGUUAGUCCACACCUAUUCCGCCAUGGACCGGCAUGAUGGAGUGCCCAGCCACAGUUCCAGGCUGUCCCAGCUGGGAUCCGUCUCGCAGGGACCCUACUCCAGCGCUCCUCCGCUCUCUCACACCCCAUCCUCGGAUUUCCAGCCGCCUUAUUUCCCACCCCCCUACCAGCCUCUUCCUUACCACCAAAGCCAGGACCCUUACUCCCAUGUCAAUGACCCCUACUCCCUAAACCCCUUGCAUCAACCCCAGCAGCACCCCUGGGGACAGAGGCAGAGGCAAGAGGUGGGAUCAGAAACCGGGUCACUGCUGCCACAGCCUCGGGCCGCCCUGCCCCAGCUCUCGGGACUGGACCCCAGGCGGGACUACCACUCUGUAAGGAGGCCAGAUGUCCUUCUGCACUCAGCUCACCAUGGCCUUGACUCCGGCAUGGGGGACAGCCUUUCUCUGCAUGGCAUCGGACACCCAGGGAUGGAGGAGGUCCAGUCAGUUGAAGAUGCCAAUAACAGCGGUAUGAACUUAUUGGACCAGUCUGUCAUUAAAAAAGUUCCAGUUCCUCCAAAAUCUGUUACUUCUUUGAUGAUGAAUAAAGAUGGCUUCCUGGGUGGAAUUUCAGUCAACACCGGAGAGGUGUUUUGCUCUGUACCUGGCCGCUUGUCUUUGCUUAGUUCAACUUCGAAGUAUAAAGUAACUGUGGGAGAAGUUCAAAGACGCCUUUCUCCUCCAGAGUGUCUGAACGCAUCCCUCCUAGGAGGAGUACUUAGAAGAGCCAAAUCGAAAAACGGGGGGAGAUCUUUGCGAGAAAGGCUAGAAAAAAUCGGUUUGAAUUUACCAGCCGGCAGGCGUAAGGCCGCAAAUGUCACUUUACUCACCUCCCUGGUGGAAGGUGAGGCCGUUCAUUUAGCUCGGGAUUUUGGGUACAUCUGCGAAACGGAGUUCCCAGCCAAAGCUGUUUCUGAGUACCUGAACAGACAGCACACGGACCCCAGCGACCUCCACUCCAGGAAAAACAUGCUGCUUGCUACAAAGCAACUUUGUAAAGAAUUCACAGAUCUCUUGGCCCAGGACAGGACGCCCAUUGGAAACAGCCGGCCCACCCCUAUUUUGGAACCGGGCAUUCAGAGCUGCUUGACUCACUUCAGCCUCAUCACCCACGGCUUUGGGGCCCCCGCUAUCUGCGCUGCCCUCACGGCCCUUCAAAACUACCUGACUGAAGCUCUCAAGGGCAUGGACAAGAUGUUCUUGAACAACAACACUGCUAACAGGCACACAUCUGGCGAAGGACCAGGUAGUAAAACUGGAGACAAGGAAGAGAAACACAGAAAAUGAGAGAGAGAGAGAGAGAGGAAAAAAAAAAAGAAAGAAAGGAAAAGAAAAAAGUUAAAUAAAUAAAAGGAGAAAAGAGAGAUAAUCUUUUAAAACAAAUCCGUCUUAAUUUUAGCUUUAAAAAUACUGGAUUGGGCUUUGGAAGAAUUCUAUUAGGUAGGACAAAAUAAUAAUAAUAAUAAUAAAAUAAUAAUAAUAAAAGAAAGACAAUAAUUUAAGAUCAGAGGAGCACAAUGGCGCAAGACCAGUGGUUCAGAGUCUCUUGCCAGGAACAUGUGAAGACAACCGCCAGGAUUUUUUUUCCCACUUCUGUUCUUUCACAUUUUUUAAAUAAUGAUCGGGGGGGGGGAGGGGAAUAUAAUAAUAAUUAAUAAUAAUAAUAAAAGAAAGAAAUGAAUAACUUAUUGGAAGAAAUCGGAGAAACAUUUUUGGUGUCAGUGCUUUGAUUUCUUGAGCUGCACGGUCUGUCUUGCUGUUCUUUUUAUUUCCUUCUUUUUUUUUUUUUUUUGUUGAACGACGUCCUGUCUCCACCCCAGCUAAAACGAUCUUCCAGAGCAUUCCUUUCUGAGCAACCCCAUCGCCUCAUCCCGCCCCCCAACUCUUCCCACCUCAUCUCACCACCCUGGUUCUGUCUAGACUAGGAAGGGAGGGGUGGCGAGCGCGCAGUCCUCUCACGAAGUCAUCACCACCAGCCUGUUCAAGCUGCGUUCAUGGCAGCGUCUUAACAUGAGAUGCCAUUAGAUGGGAAGUUCCAAGCUGUCGUAGCUCAGUCGAAUUAGCAAACUCUAUUUUUUAAGAACAUUUUUUUUCUGUUUUUCCUGGUCUAGACAGACUCUCUGUUUAGAUUACCAGCGUUUACAGGUGUGUAUGGGUGCGUGCGUGCGUAUGUGUGUGCAUAUGCGUAUGCGCACACGUAACUUGAUAGGGGUGCGUGUGUAACCGAUGUAUGUUUGUGUAUAUAUAUGUAUAUAUACAAAUAUAUACAUGUAUAUAUUUAAUAUGUGUGUAUAACCACACAUAUUCAUGCAUGCAAAUAUACCUUUGUAAUUUAGUACUUGCCUCUGAUGGUAAAAUGCCUUGUCUAUAAUGGGUUGCAAAAUUUGAAAGUAAGGUCUGGUAAAGUGUCCGCACUAUCUGAUUUCUUAAUUUUCUGAGAUCUCCUCUUUUUCUCUAGGGAGUUUUAUAUUCCUAACUAUGCCAAUGUUUCAGUCCUUAGUUUCCUUGAGUAGUGUGUGUGUGAGAUAUCUUCCCCCAUUUUUAAAGAACUGUUAACAGCAACAAAAAUGAGUGAUAUGAGUAUGUAAUUCUUUCUCAGGAGUAUGCACUAUUUUAUUUUCUUCUGUUUCCUAAAGCUUUGCCCGCUUGGCUUAUGAGCUUCUUCAAAGAGGACUAGAGAUCCCUACACAAUAUAUCAGGUACAGAGAAAAAAAAUCCACAAUUCUGAUAUUCUGAUACUUUUCUUUUUUUUUUUUUUUGCCUUUUUUUUUUUUUGCUUUUUCAAAUCAAAGCCAGUUGUUUCCGAAUUCUGUAGGUGCACUUCUUUAAAGAAGCUCAAAGGGAAUAAUUUGAAUGAGAUAAAAAUACAAGUUGAAAUCGAGGUGUAAUAUUGCAAAGAAAAUAAGAGCUGUGUUGAAUGUCACCACGCUUGCUUGGCACUAGGGUCUUAUACCCAGGGAGGAAAGGGUUGCCAUGUGAGAUGGCUCCUCGUGAUGGGAGUGGGGAGGGCUUGCCAGGGAAUAUCCUGAUUUCUGAGCUCAGUCUGAGGAAAUCUGUUUCUUUUAGAAAGCUUUAAAAAAAAAAUGUCUUGUGACUCUUGCUUUAGAACAAGUCGGUGUGGUAGGGGGGAAAAAACUUCUUAACUCCAAUGUUUUUCUUGGUGUUUCGGUGUGUGACAGGAUGUCUUAUGCAUAUGAUUUGGGGGGGGGGGCAAAGUGGAAGUCUGAUUUCUUUCCUUUCCUUUUUUAUUUUUAACAUACAUUUCUUUGUUUUCUAUGGUAAAAACAAUGCUGAAGUGUAAGGAUGUGAAUUUCUGUUUGGAUUCUGCCGUAUUGGGUAAUUGCAUGUGUUUCUCAGUGGGGUAGGGUUCGUGCACUAACACAUCUUUUUGCUUAUGUCAGAACAGUUACUGGGUGUGGGUAAAACUCCUGGAGUGGCUGGCAAAACUCCAGUGGGGUCAGUCCUGUUCCGUGUGCCCCCCCCGCCCCCGUUCCAUGUUAAAGCUGCAGCACUCAAUCCCACCCACCCAAGCAGGCACAUCUGAACUCAGAAAAAAGAGGGAGAGACAAAAGAGAAACCUUAGCCUUGUUUUAGUUUCUAGAUACCUUUCAAAGUAGAUGGUGGGGGAGAAAUAAUGCAGCAAUAUUUGCCCCAUCCCCCAACAAAUUUAUCUUAAAACACAGAAAAGCAAAUGAGCCUCUUGAUCGGCACCCUUAGUGUCCUUGGCUCUCUGAGAAAUGGCUACAGCUGAGGGCCUGCUCUGCUUUUCAAACCUUCAUGCAGCAAACGAAGGUCUUGGCUCUUGUUCCCUACCUGAGCUGGGUAUGUGUGCGGCAAUAGAAACCCACGAAUCAUCCGGCCCCAGGGAGCGCUGGCUCCUCUGGAGCUGCUCCUCAUUCGUGUACCUUUGGUCCUUCUGGGGCAGAGCGCCGUGGGGACUCUCACGUGAGAAAAGGGGGAAACCGAGGCAGACAGCCUUCUCCAUGGGCUGCUGGGAUGAGCUGGAGGUCGUCUUUGACCCUGGCAGUGGGUUUGGUAGUCGGCACACCCUUGCGGUUGUCACCAGAGGUGUGGAUCUCUGGGUGACGUAGACCUCAUGGAUCCCCCACCAGCCUGUUGGGAACCCCUAGAUUGAAGAGCAACCCCCAGGCAGCCCCUGGUCCUCCACAGUCCACCCCUUCCCAACCACCCCCAGUUUCAGCAGGCCCCUGGGGAAGGACAGUCCAAGCUCCAGUGCAGGGCAUGCCCCAGCAGUGACGUACAGGGAAAGGAAGGGGUGUGUGUGUGUGUAUCUGGGGAGGAAUGAACGGUGCCACCUGAAAGCACAGCUCCUGAUGAGACUAUUCUGUUUAUUGAAGCCGAGCACAAAGUGUUGGACGUUGCUCUGCCUGCCCUCUGCGAAAAGCCUUUGUGAGGAGCCCACGGGCCCAGCCCUCCAGCAAUCACCCAGUGGGGCUCCUGGGUGUGGGGAAACCCCAAGUCAGUUCUCAGUCUUCCACCUGCCCAGCUGCGCGUGCAGGGACAGGGGGACCUGCUCCCUCCUACCCCAGAGCUUCCAGCUUGAAGGCUUUGGGGGGAUGUUGGGGAUGGUCCUUCCUUCUCUUUGGGGAGAUGUUGGGGAUGCUCCUUUUAACUCCAGAAAACACUGUCCCACCACCACUGUGAGUUAAUGAGGAGAGGGAACCGCUUGCAACUUCUUGGGGAAAGACCUGCACACGCAUGUGCACGUGCGCACGCAGGUGUGAGGGCCUGAUCCUGCUGCCGCUGCUGCAAUCUCCCCUAGGCACAGGUUUGGUCACCUGGAUCAGGACCUAAACCUUGAGAAGGUUGAGGGAAGGGUUUCAGUUGACUACUGGCAACUUUGGAUCUGCCUCUCAUGCCUUCUACCUGGAAGAGACAGACUGCAAAUGCCAGGCUAUGCUUCGCUCAGGCAAAAUAAAGCCAAAUUAAAAUUCCCAUUGAUUUCAGUGGGAUGCCCCCCUUUGCUCCCCAAAGGAUGGAGACAAAAUCCACGAGGUUUCUGAUUUAAAUGCAAACAGGGAUAAAACAUGGCACAGGAGUAUGUCCUUAUCUUCUUCCCCCUAGCCAAGUGCUGGUCCCAGAGGGAAAUAUCCAUUGCUCGGUGGCUCCUAUCAGUGCUGAGGGCUGAGGUCCCCCCAAAACUAAACUCGGCUUCCCGCUGGAAGGCAUUUUCCUGCUUCCCUGUACUUUCCCGGCCCGACUACUUGUGUUGGCGGGGCACCUCAGACGUUUAUCUGAUAAUUGAGUUAUUAAAAGAUUUGGUUUCCUCGGGAUCAUAAAUCAAUAAACAGGAGGAUUAACACGGCAGCUUUGCUUUUUAACUCAAGGGAAAAGUUUGAGGAGAGACCGUGAAAAGUUUGUUUUCAAACCAAACAGGUGGGUUGCUGUAAAUUUUAUUUCAUUCUUAGUCUCGGGUUUGUUUUUUUUUUUUAAAUAACAAUUCUCUAUUUUCCAUUGGAAAGAGCUUUGUUUUCCUACGCUCCCUGACUUUUUUUUCUCUCCCCUGGUUGUUAUUCACACAAGGUGUGAAGGAAACAAGAAGCCAAUUUUAUGGGAAUCCUUUUACAACCCGAUGAUUUCUUUAAAAUCGGGUCGUGUCUUGUCCCACCUAAUAGAAAUUCUCUGUGAGAAGCUGUUUCAAGUCCCUUUGCAUCCCAGACCAACCUCCCCCAAAGUCCCCAGAUUUGCAUUUGGGGCUGGGAGGGAGGGGGCGGAGGAUGGUUUUAAGACCUUUAGCUGUGCCCAAAGGGCUUAUUCCCUUCCCCUGCUCAUCUCUUUCUGACCGGUUUAUCACAGAGACCUGUUCGGCUCUGUUUUAAUACGUUUCUCGGAGAAUUUGGUGCUCGUUUCAGCUGCCGCAAGCAUUGCCAGAUCGAUCCGGCCAACCGCCCCCUCCCCUCCGGCUUCCCUGUGUGAGAGAGACCGUAGGCUUUUUACAAAUAGUAUAUUUUCUUAUACAAAGGGAAAAAGUGAAAGAAAAUAUCCCCAAACACACUGGCAAAACGCCUGAACAUUUCGAGAGAGACGAAGCAUUGUGUGCCAGCGAGAAAUAAAGAAAAAAAAAAGCAAAACAAAAUAACCCCAAACAAACGCAAAGCUCUGAAAAAGCGAAUGAGAAACUGGAAAGAAAAAAAAUAAUUCUCCUUUUAUGCCCCAAAAGAUCCCUUUCACCUCCUCUUCUUGAAAAAUCUGACCAUGCAGUGAGAAAUAUCAGUUUAUCGACUCUUCCUGAGAAGAAAUGCGGAGAGGCAUUCAGUAUUGAGUUUGUAUAUAUUUAUUUAUGCUUAAUUUAACGGGAAUGUGUAAAUAUGGCGAGCAAGUAGUUUUUGGGUUAUUUAUCUGUGAAUCUAUACCUCUGUGAAUGGGUGGGGGAAUUUAAAAACAAAAAGUUAAAAAGGAAAAAAAAAAACAAAAAAGAAUAAAAAACAAAACCAACAAAAAAAAUCCCGCUUGACUAGAUAGUAUCCUAUCGGAAUCUUUUCUGUUCUUUAUAGACAAGCUGUUAUGGUAAUGGGUAGAAAUUGGUUUCUUGUCCAGUGAUGACCUGAUUUACAUAAAUAAUAAGAAUAAGAAUAAAAAAAAAAGAGAUUGUUGUGUUUUGUUGUAUUUUCCUCUUCAGUUUUUUUGAAUGUUGGUGCUGCUUCAAUUCUGCAGACGGAUUUACUUAUAACGCCAAGAAGUCUUUAUUUUCCCAAUCUAGGCUUUGGGGAAAUUCAGGACAUGUCUCUAAUUAAAAAAAAAAAAAGACAAUAAAUAUUGCUUCUCAGAAAUGUUGGUAUUUUAUUUCUGUUUGACUCAAAAGUGUCCAUAUUUUUACCACUCUUACCUCUUCAUUCUAAGCAGACCUAUAAUAAACCUCAUGUCAUGUUAACGUGAGCUUUCGUUUCAUUUUGCUUCUACCAGCUGAAUUAGGAGUAAACCUGCUUUUUCUUUCCAAAGUAUUAGCCACGAAAAGAAAAUGUUAUGUACGCCUUCAAUAUCAGGAAACAUUCCCCCACCCCGGUGUGUUACUGUUCCUGUACAUUCCACUUAUGUGUACGUGGGUGUG